AUGGGUCACACAAACAUCUUAUCUCCUGGAGUUUACUCAGAGCAACAUGUGGAAGGACGCCUGCUCCGUGACCAUAACGACCCUCUCCUCCUCUCCUCAGACUCCUCCCGGUCCUCGGGCUCCCACAGCGCCUCGCCUCGAAACACCAGUCGCAGGAAAAGGACCAGUUUCUCCAAAGACCAUGUGGAGCUGCUCAAGGCCACGUUCAAGACCGAUCCGUACCCAGGGAUCAGCCUCCGGGAGAGCCUCUCCCAGAGCACAGGGCUGCCCGAGUCACGAAUACAGGUUUGGUUCCAGAACAGACGCGCCCGCACUCUCAAAUGCAAAGGUGCCAAGAAGUCCCUGUGGCAGCCGGACAGUCCAGUCCAAGUCCAGGUCCCGGACUCUCAUCUGACCCCAAACCUCCCCGCAGCGCGCCCCCACCACCCCAGCCCAGUGCCCCCCUCCCAGCUUCAUCAAGGAGGAGCGCCCCAACCCCUGCUACUUCACCCUACCCCUUCAUCCCCUUUCCAACCAAUUCCCAAAUCAAAUCUCUAUUUUCUUAAUAACUUCCCCCCCAUUCUUCUCCCUUUCCCUUAA